AACGCUGUCAAAUUUGACAUUUCAAAACAAAUUGUUCGAGAAUUUUCUAGGUUAUGCGACGUUAUUCUGUAAACUGGUCGAUUUGGAACGAUCGUAAGUUAGAAAUUGCAAUCAAAGCACCGAUUCAAUGUGUAUUUACCGUCCAUAAUCAGACGAUAAAAGUUAACCCUUAAUCAUAUUAAGUGUAACUAAAGAUCGUUCAAUAUAACCAUGUCUAAAAAUCAAUCGGAAAACGAUGAAACAGUACGCAAAGAAGUUGAAAAUAUCAAAUCUACAGCCGUUGUUAAGUAUUCCGUUCCUAAACCUGCCAGUUUUAAUAAACUACAAUGCAAUACUGAUUUAAAUUUACCACCAUCAAAUUGGCUUAGUAGUUCAGCUGAUUCUUACGGGUUACAACAUGUUUUGUAUCAACCGAAAGGAUUUACAAGUUUUCGUAUGGCACAUAUGUUUCCGGAUUGCGUAGGGGAAGUAGAUGUAGUUUCAGAUUCUGAAAAUAUAAAAAAGUUAUUAAAAAUCCCCUACCAAAAAGGUCAGAUAAGUAUGGUAGUACAUAGAAUUGAAAAUACACUAUUAUUAGACGAUUUUGAUAUAUACAAGCACAUAUUAAGAACAGCCGAGACCGAAUGGGGUUGGCUCAAAAAGUUUUUUUGUGAAAAUGUUGAAAGAGAAGUGGUUAAUGAAGAUAGAACAUUAUAUAUGAAAAAUAAAAAACAUAAAGCUCUUAAACAGAAAAGCCUUGUUUCAAAGUUUUUAUAUCAUAGUUUGGUUCCAAGUGAAAAUGAUGAAACAUUGGGUGAUGAUAGGUUUUUUAAAUGUGAUACUUUACAAGGUCCAUUAUUACCAGAGCCUUCACCUUCGGAAGAAGUACCAGAUCCAGGAUCAUUCGAUCAACCAUUUAAUCGAAACGUUGUUUGGUCAUUUGAGGAUAUUGAUAUGCUACUUGGAACUGAUAUGCCUAUUUUUGGUGGAGGAACACAUCCUUGUAUAUCACUUAGAUUAAAUGACAUGAGUAAACCGAUUAAUGUUUUAACUGGAAUUGAUUAUUGGUUGGAUAAUUUAAUGUCAAAUGUACCAGAGGUUGUUAUGUGUUAUCACUUAAACGGAAUAGUUCAAAAAUACGAAUUAAUUAAAACUGAAGAUUUACCGCAAAUGGACAAUUCCAAGUUUUCUCCAAAAUUAAUUCGAGAUGUAGCUCAAAGUAUCCUAUCCUUUUUAAAAUCAAACGCGACUAAAGCGGGUCAUACAUAUUGGUUGUUUAAAGGAAAAGACGAAGAAGUUAUAAAAUUAUACGAUUUAACAUCGUUGUGUUCUUCCCCGACCAUUGAUAACGAUCAAAACCCAUUUACAGUUCCCGUAGCUAUGCUUCUAUAUAAAGUAGCGAGGAACAUGAAAAGUAAUUUAGAUAGGAGACAACCGGGGACUGUGCGAAUGCUUCUUAAAAAUUGUAUAAAGUUACUAGACGAAGAAAAAUAUCCAGAAAUUGUUACUUCUUCGCAUUUUAUGUUAGCUGAUUUGUAUAUUCCAUCAACAACUAAUCCAGAUAAUCCCGAAUUGGAACAAACUGAUAGUGAAGAUACUGAAUCGAUUUAUGAUGAUGAUAUACACGAAAACGAUAACGAAUGUCCAACUAAAAUUUUAAUAUUAAAUAAGGAAACGUUAGAUGAAAAAUUUAAUAAUUAUUAUAAGCCACCACCGCCUAUUGGAGGAUUACUAGACGAUAGGUGCACUCAAGGUAUUUUACAUAUUGCAUCCGGUUUAAAUUGCAUCAAAUAUUUUCACAAACGUGAUUUUCCUAAAGAAGAAGAAAACGUGCCUUUCGCAAAACCGAACGAAGCGAUACCGAUGCCGUACGCAAAGUUAAGUUCAAAAGAUAAAAAAGUAAAAAAUAAAAAGUCGAAAAAGAAAAAAGGACAAAAUUUACCCCUCCUACCAAAAUGCUGUGAUAACAAUAUAAAAACCGAAAAUAUCUCAUGGAACGAUCACUUAAAAUCGCUUCUUUAUGAAAAGGCUGUGCUAAUUUACGCUAUUUUAACUGAAAGACAUUAUUUGAUGAAACGUUAUGGUGCUUGUUUAAGAACGAUUGGUUUAUUAGUGCGAUGUUUAAACAUCCUCACAGAACUUAAACAUCCAAAUUUAAUGAAUAUUUUACAAGAUAAUUGCAUUUUAGCUAGAGCUGGUGAUAGUUGUAUUAUGAUAGUUCAAUAUUGGUCUAAUAGUAACGAAUACAACGAAGAAUUGCAUUCUGUACCAGAUGAAGAUGCAAAAAUGUUACUCCAAAUAGAGGAAGAUGAAAGAAUCUUUAAUAUAAAUCUAAUAAAUUCACCGCUUAAAGCAAUAUUUAUUUACGAAAUACGCACAAUCGAGCAAAUGCUUUUAAACGCGAUAAAUUGUUAUGAAGGUGCAAAAAGCAUUUGUGAUUCCACGAAUAUGUUACGUCGCUUGGGAAAUGCUUUAAAUGAGGUCGGGUCGUUUUAUUUAAAUAAAGCGAAACAAGCGGAGAAAUUAGAUGAUAUACUCGAAAUUGCUAAAAAAGCCGAGAGUCAUCUAAAAAAAGGUAUAGAAUUGUUUGAAAAUGCUAAAGAUGCCGCAAAUUCCGCUUUGCUCUACACAAACAUGGGACAUUUACAUCGCCUAUUAGCACAUCAUGUCAGUUAUCCAGAAAAAAGGGGUCAAUUAACCGCCAAGGAAAAGUUUCAUUAUGAGAAAUCUUUUGAAAAUUAUAAAAAAGCUUUGCAAGUUUUGGGUGAUCGAAAAAAUUCACCGCAAGUUUGGGAUGCUGUAAGAUGGGAGUUAUCAACUGCUUUAUUUAGUAUGGGAACUAUUUUACAUGAAUAUCCAACUUCACAACUGAGUCGCCCAGAGGCGGAACGCGAAGUUAUAGAAACUUUACAGAAAGCUUUACUUUAUUGCGAUUUAGAUAAAGAUAAUUCAAAAUAUCCAUUGUACUUAUACAGAGCGGCGAACAUUCAUUAUCGAAUUGCCAGUCUUUAUCACAGCCAAUUAUGGAGUACUCAAUCAUGCGAUACAAGUCGAAAGAAUGCAAUUCAAUUAGCCAAAAUCAACUAUGAAAAAUGUUCUAAAUUUUAUAAAGCAUCCGGCGAUGCUGAUCAAUUUUUAACCGCUCAAAUGCAACUCGUUUCUUUAAUGGAAUUUUUAGCAGAAACUACAACCGCAGCUUAUCCUAAAUUAAAAUAUCUUAAAAGUGGUUUAGAAGUAAUACUGGAUGUCCAAGAAGUUAUACAAAUGCUAGUUGAAAGAAAAAUUGAUAUUCCAGAAUCAGAUGUUGCAGAAUUUAUGACAAAACGAAAAGACACGUCUUAUAAAUCUUAUAGUUCUUUGCUAAUGCUUGUAAAGCAAAGAUUGCAAUUUAUACUGAAAAGUUUAAUUAAAGUGUGUUUAAGUAAACCAUGUGCUUAUAAAGGUUGUGAUCAACUUGUUAAUGUUUACAAAAAGUGCUACUCACUUACAUUUGAUUUGGAAAAGUGUGAGGAAUUUUAUGGGUUUCUUGAAAACUUAAAUGAAAUUUUAGUAAAGGUGCAAAGUAUUUUGAUGAAAAAUAGCGAUACAUAACACAAUAGCUUACUUAAGUUAUAUUUUUAUAUCUUAAAUGUUACUUUAUUUCACUUAUUUAUGAAUACAAUAAUUAAUUUAUAAUAAUA